CUGGGGAUUAAGGAGGGCGCUUGAUGGUGUUACAUGUAAGUGACAUGCAGAAUCCCUGAAUUCUGCACCUGACAGUAAUAUUCUCCCGCCUGUUAACUUACUAGAACUUAAAUAAAAUCUGGAAACAAACAAAAAGGAGUGUUCUUACAAACCCUUCUUUCUGCUGAUUUCAGCUGAAACUCCCGUCUUUUGAGUAGCUUAAAUCUAACAUAAUAUUUGUGAAGGAACCUUAUGGUACAUCUCAUUUAACUUCCUGUCCUUGCCCAUGAGACAGGUGGGGUCUAGAGCCUUUACAUAAUUUAAACACAGCAGCCAGUGAUAACAGCACAGUGGAAUCUGCUAUUCUCCUAAGUCCUCAGGCCAGGGGUAGUGAAUAACCAGGCCUUUUAUGCUUAUUAUGGAACUCGGGAGUGUAGUUAAUCUCCUGGGCUGGGUAUUACUCUCCAGAAUGGAAAGCCAACAGUUUCUGGCCUACUGUACCAGUGCCUUUUCUUGUUAAAAUAUUUGGGGCCUUGGUGGCUUUACAUUGAACUCCGCAUUUUGUACCUUGGGUGAUGAGUAUUACCAAAUAACUAAAUCACUUCUGCUGUGUGUAUGAAGUUAUUUUCUUGUUAAAUUGAACGAGAGUCUGAUGGGGGUGCAGUGCUUAGCACUCCAUCUCUUCUCCAGCAAAUACUGAACCCGGCAAUCUUAACCUCAGUAGAAGUCAGUCCCUGAAGACCUAUCAGGUACACCUUCAGACUAAUCCUGAUUCUCUCAUUUAUUGACUAUAGCAACAGGUUUUCAAGGUGAAGAGAGGUUCAGAUUUAAGGGGAAAAUGCCUCUGGUCAGAUGUGUUGUAAUUCAUUAUUUAAUUUUCUUUUUACUAAGAGAAAUUUGCUGUUAAAAAAAAUCUGUUUCCAUUUUCAUUACUGAAACCGUGGCUACUGUUGAGAUGACCUCACCGUGGAACCCAAACUAGAAUUCCAAACCCAAAAGGGCUUUGACUGCAGACCUAAGAAAUCAUGUGUGAGUGAAUACACACUUCAUCUGAAACAUUGUGUUUUAUGAUACUAAUAGGUAGCUUUGUCCCAGGUUACUUGCAGAGUUGGUGUGCGCCAUCCCCCUCCCACCCCACACUGAACACCCGCAGUGUUUGCUGCUGGAUCAGGUCGUCAUCCAGCUAGAUGGUACACUACUAUAGUGGUCCUUUGCAGUUCGAGCAUGUCCACGUUCUAGCUUCCAUUUCUCUCGUGGAGAUCAGUUUUGGCAUUUAACCCACAGGCCUUUGGAAAACAGGUUUGCACAAAUGUAAACACGGGGUUAAUCCUCCACACCCUCAUUCUAGAGCUGUUGACAAAGUCAUGCUUUGUGGAUUUUAAAAUAAACUUUUUGUCACUCUCUGCAGCUUUUGGUAUUUUCCCCUCCCAUUUUUUUUUUUUUUAAACUCCCUCCUAAAUACACUUCUUUGUUAAAUCACUGAUGUUUCUGGAUCGUGGAAAAUAGUAAGCUUGAAGCCCACAGAAUAUAUCCAACUUGACUACAGAUCUGAUGACAGGUCUUUGAAUGUGGACUUUUAUUACUUGGGUCCUUUUUGGCCCUUCACAAAAAUGGUAAGAUUCCAUGCUUGUGAUAAUAUUGCUGACUCUCGCUGGAAAACAGUCAGCUCUGAGCAGCCUUCUUCCUGUAUGGUAUUUAAGUUAACUCACUAUGAAAACCACAUCACACCCUUCCUCAAUUUUCCUUCCUUUUUUGGUGGGGAUUUGGGGGGAGGGUUCUCCUGUCUGGCAUAUAGGAGACAAUGUUUUCCCCAGCUGGGCUCCUUUUCUCUGGGACUUACAUGUCUGACAGUCCUCUUAUGAGUGAGAUCGCCACACACACACACACACACACACACACACACCCAUUAAAUGAAAAAUACAGUAGUAGGAGGCAGACAGCUAACUGAUGGUGUUGUAAGUUGUGCCUCCCUCCACUUAGCUAUUUUGUUCCUUGUAGAUCAUGGUCUAAUUAUUUAGCAUUAAAGGGGCACUCAUUCUGUGGGGUGUGUAAUCAUAUUUAUAGUACCUUUUAUUAGUUUGCAUUCCGUCGUGGUAGUGUGGUGAUAUCAUAAAUAACAGAGAAAUAUAAUAUCCGAUGCUUGUGAAAGGAUUUUCUUACAGCCAGAGCAUUUUUCCUUGUCCUUCGGUUUGCUAGGGGAGGUGGGGGAAAUACGGUGUGUGCUCAUGUGUUCAGUGCCCAGUGCCCGGUAUUGGUUAGGGAGUCCGAGUGCUCUGCCUUUUCGGAAAGAACUGUCCCGUGAAUUUGAUGCCGUCUAGAUUUAUAGCGGCAUGGCUUGGGCUGUGUUUGCUGCCUUAGUCAGCUGUGAGAGCUCCCUGCUGGGGCCACUCCUGUCUGAUGGAAAAGCAGCAGCUGGGAAGGUGCUGUUUCAGGCUCUUGCUGUUUUAAAAAAAAAAAAAUGAGAGCGAGAGAGGGGGGAAAACUCCAGUAAGUCCACAAGCUGGCAUUGGAGGGGGAGACCGUGGUCAUGUGGUUCUGGCCAUCCUACCCUCUGUCACAGUGCGGAUGAGAGCUUUUUGCUCUUAUCCAAUCAUGCCUGGAAUGCCGCUUGCCACUUGGGUUAUUUCUGCUAUCUGUCGCUCUUGGUGCCGCAGUGCUAACGGUUUGGCAGAUGGGACACUUUUUCUUGGAGUUUGUGUCUUCGGUUUUUGACUUCUGGCAGCGCCGGGCGUGUUGUUGCCGCUCGCCCUCUCCCUCCCUGCCCCCCUGGGCACCAUGGCCCAUCGGCUUCGGUUUCAUUUUGGCUCGGGGCGCAGCAACACGGCCCCCGAGUCCGAGAUCCUAGACCAGGAGAGGGAAGACGACUUUUUCAUGGCAUUCCACACGCUGCCGCGGAGGAGCGGCCCGCACCCCUGCGCCCAGCACGGCGCGGAGGCCGGCGGGGGCCUGCGGGAGGCGGUGGGCGCGCUCAAGCGCAGCACGUCCAUGUUCAUCCCGCAGCUCCUGGGCCCGCUCGACGCGCGGCCCACCCGCAGCUCGUCCGUGCAGAUCUCGCUGCAGCGCAAGGCGGCCGACGGAGCCCCUGACCCGGGCGUGCCGCCCGAGGGCCCGGACGGCGAUGCGGGCUCGGCGUCUCGUGCCGGUGGCCCGGAGCCCCCGGAACCCGAGACCCCCGGGAGCUCGCCCCCAAGGGCGGCCCGGGCUCCGGGCCCGCAGCUCAACGGCACGUGCGGCCGCCGAGCGCCUGGCUCCGCCGCCUGCGAUGGCCGUGAGGAGGCCGAGCCGAGGGCCCCACGGGGCCCCGAGGGGGGCGGGGGGCUGCGGAUCCAGCACCGCGCCUCCAGCGCCGACGUGCGCCAGGUGAGGCUGACGCCCUUCGGGGCCGAUGGCCAGAACAGCCCUUCGGCGCGGGAGCCCAGGCGCUGGUCCCUGCAGCACGUUCCAGAUGCUUCUGGAAGCUCCGGGAAGCGCUGCUUCGUCUUCCAGUUGCAGCAGCCGCAACCAGGCGCUCCGGGGCCGGGCGGGGACUUCAACUUCGGUUUCACCGGCACCAAAGGGGACAGGCUGGUGAGGUACCCCCGCAUCCGGCUGGAGAGGAGCACCUCGUACCCCACGCAGCCCCGUGCUGAGCGCGGGAGCCCCACGGAAGAGCGGGGCCACCCGGAGACACCGCCUCGGGGCCGCAGGGGGGCUCCCGAAAUCCACAGGACGAACUCGGUGGAAAGGACGCCACAGGGGCAGGGCUGCACGUUCAAGAUCAGGCAAGAUCAAAAUGCCGGGCAGCAGCACUUCAGAAUUCUCGUGACCCGCGGGCCGGACGAAGCCCCCCAGAAUCCCGAGGAGAGUAACGCCAGCAGCCCUGGGUCCGCGGUGGCUGGCGCCCCGACACGGGACGACUUCCUGGGACAGGUGGACAUACCUCUCAGUCAUCUCCCGACAGAAGAUCCAACCAUGGAGCGACCCUAUACGUUUAAGGAUUUUCUCCUUAGACCAAGAAGUCAUAAAUCUCGAGUUAAGGGAUUUUUGCGAUUGAAAAUGGCCUAUAUGCCGAAAAACGGAGGUCAGGAUGAGGAAAACAGUGAGCAGAGAGAUGACAUGGAGCAUGGCUGGGAGGUCGUGGACUCCAGUGACUCGGCCUCUCAGCACCAGGAGGAGCUCCCUCCCCCGCCACUGCCCCCCGGCUGGGAAGAGAAGGUGGACAAUCUCGGUCGGACCUACUACGUCAACCACAACAACCGGACCACUCAGUGGCACCGACCAAGCCUGAUGGACGUGUCCUCCGAGUCGGACAGCAACAUCAGGCAGAUCAACCAGGAGGCCGCGCACCGGCGCUUCCGCUCCCGCAGGCACAUCAGCGAGGACCUGGAGCCGGAGCCCGGCGAGGGUGGAGACGGCCCAGAGCCUUGGGAGACCAUUUCCGAAGAAGUGAACAUCACUGGGGACUCCCUCAGUCUGUCACUGCCCCCACCGCCGUCCUCUCCAGGGUCUCGGACCAGCCCUCAAGAGCUGUCUGAGGAACUGAGCAGAAGGCUUCAGAUCACUCCAGACUCCAAUGGGGAGCAGUUUGGUUCUUUGAUUCAGAGAGAGCCGUCCUCAAGGUUGCGGUCCUGCAGUGUCACGGACGCGGUCGCCGAGCAGGCUCAUCUACCACCGCCCAGCGCCCCAGCUAGGAGAGCGCGGUCAUCAACUGUCACAGGUGGUGAGGAGCCAACGCCAUCAGUGGCCUAUGCGCACACCACACCGGGCCUACCUUCAGGCUGGGAAGAAAGAAAAGAUGCUAAAGGACGCACAUACUAUGUCAAUCAUAACAAUCGAACCACCACUUGGACUCGACCUAUCGUGCAGCUCGCCGAAGACGGUGCGUCGGGAUCCGCCACAAACAGUAACAACCACCUAAUCGAGCCUCAGAUCCGCCGGCCCCGUAGCCUCAGCUCGCCGACCGUAACCUUAUCCGCCCCGCUGGAGGGCGCCAAGGACUCGCCCAUACGCCGGGCUGUGAAAGAUACCCUUUCCAACCCACAGUCCCCACAGCCAUCACCCUACAACUCCCCCAAACCACAACACAAAGUCACACAGAGCUUCCUGCCGCCCGGCUGGGAAAUGAGGAUCGCGCCCAACGGCCGGCCCUUCUUCAUUGACCACAACACAAAGACUACAACGUGGGAAGAUCCACGCCUGAAAUUUCCAGUACACAUGCGGUCAAAGGCAUCUUUAAACCCCAAUGACCUCGGCCCUCUUCCUCCUGGUUGGGAAGAAAGAAUUCACUUGGAUGGCCGAACAUUUUAUAUCGACCACAAUAGCAAAAUUACUCAGUGGGAAGACCCAAGACUGCAGAAUCCAGCGAUUACUGGUCCGGCUGUUCCUUACUCCAGAGAAUUUAAGCAGAAAUAUGACUACUUUAGGAAGAAAUUAAAGAAACCUGCUGAUAUUCCAAAUAGGUUUGAAAUGAAACUUCACAGAAAUAACAUCUUCGAAGAGUCCUAUCGGAGAAUUAUGUCCGUGAAAAGACCAGAUGUUCUGAAAGCUAGAUUGUGGAUCGAAUUUGAAUCGGAGAAAGGUCUUGACUAUGGGGGUGUGGCCCGAGAGUGGUUCUUCCUACUGUCCAAAGAGAUGUUCAACCCCUACUAUGGGCUUUUUGAGUACUCUGCCACGGACAACUACACGCUUCAGAUCAAUCCCAACUCUGGCCUCUGUAACGAAGACCAUUUGUCCUACUUCACUUUUAUCGGAAGAGUUGCUGGUCUGGCGGUAUUCCAUGGGAAGCUUCUAGAUGGUUUCUUCAUUAGACCAUUUUACAAAAUGAUGUUGGGCAAGCAGAUAACGCUGAAUGACAUGGAGUCUGUGGAUAGUGAAUACUACAACUCUUUGAAAUGGAUCUUGGAAAAUGAUCCUACUGAACUGGACCUCAUGUUCUGUAUUGAUGAAGAAAACUUCGGACAGACCUACCAAGUGGAUCUGAAGCCCAAUGGGUCAGAAAUAAUGGUGACAAAUGAAAACAAGAGGGAAUAUAUUGACUUGGUCAUCCAGUGGAGGUUUGUGAACAGGGUCCAGAAGCAGAUGAACGCCUUCCUGGAGGGGUUCACAGAACUGCUUCCUAUUGAUUUGAUUAAAAUUUUUGAUGAAAAUGAGCUGGAGCUGCUGAUGUGCGGCCUCGGCGACGUGGACGUCAACGACUGGAGACAACACUCUAUUUACAAGAACGGCUACUGCCCAAAUCACCCUGUCAUUCAGUGGUUCUGGAAGGCCGUGCUGCUCAUGGACGCCGAGAAGCGGAUCCGGUUACUGCAGUUCGUCACGGGGACGUCCCGAGUGCCUAUGAACGGCUUCGCCGAACUUUAUGGUUCCAAUGGUCCUCAGCUGUUUACAAUAGAGCAAUGGGGGAGUCCUGAAAAACUGCCCAGAGCUCACACAUGCUUUAAUCGCCUUGACUUACCUCCAUAUGAAACCUUUGAAGAUUUACGGGAGAAGCUUCUCAUGGCUGUGGAAAACGCUCAAGGAUUUGAGGGGGUGGAUUAAGCGCCCCCCACUCGCUCCCCAGCCUCGGGGUGGCUGUUGGUCCAGCAAGUCCUGCUUGCACUUUUGCAUUUGCCUAACAACAGACUUUGCAGAGACCAGGCAGAAAGAGCAGCCGCAGGCAUGGCUCCUGAGCUGAGCCUUCGCGAGCCUUCGCCUGUGACUUGCCCAGGUUCGGACGUGGGAGCCCGGUCCCAGGUCGCGUUCCUGCAUUUUCCACCGUGAAUUAUCAACUGGUUGAUGUGUACACUAAUUACAUUUCAGGAGGACUUAAUUCUAUUUAUGUUGUGCCUCUGUAGGCAAAGCCCUUAAUAAAUAUUUUACAUACUUUAUAAUGACAAUGAAUGGAAUUAAUCACUCUACAGGUAUAGUAUUACAACUCAUGUUUACUUUUUAAAAUGAUUUAGACCGAUUUUCAGAUUUUAUUUCAUUACUAUUAAAGAUGUCUCGUGUACUUGGAAAA